UUGCUUGGGUUGAUAAACCCUAGGCGAGCGAGAGAAGAAUGGAGAUGGGACGACGAUCUUCUCGCAGCGCGCUUCUCCUGAUUCUACUUGUUCUUGGAAUCGCUGGAGCGGCGCAAGGUCUUUACGAUGCAUCCUCGGACGUUGUCAUUGUCAAUCCAUCGAAUUUCAAGUCCAAGGUGCUCGACGCUAAAGGAAUCGUAAUUGUCGAGUUCUUCGCGAACUGGUGUGGUCACUGUAAAGCUCUAGCUCCAGCAUGGGACAAAGCAGCCACAGCGUUAAAAGGGAUUGUUACCAUCGCAGCUGUUGAUGCUGAUACGCACAAAUCUCUGGCAGCGGAAUAUGGACUCCAAGGAUUUCCUACGAUCAAAGUUUUUGGAGUAGGGAAAUCCCCUAUCGAUUAUCAGGGUCCACGGGAGGCAAAGGGAAUUGUCGAAUUCGCGCUUCAACAGGCCAAGACUCUUGCACUUGAUAGACUCAAGUCCAAAAAGAAGAGCCAAGACAAGGAGAAGAAGAACCCAGAUAAGGAGAAGGCGUCGAUUGAGCUUACGCCAACGAACUUUGACGAGCAAGUGCUAAAGAGCAACGAUAUCUGGCUCGUUGAGUUUUUCGCGCCUUGGUGUGGUCAUUGUAAGAAACUUGCGCCAGAAUGGAAGAAUGCUGCCAAGAGGCUGAAAGGCAAAGUUAAGCUUGGACAGGUGGAUGGCGACGCGCACAAGGAUCUUAUGAGCAAGUACAGUGUCACAGGAUUUCCAACUAUUCUGGUUUUUGGAGCAGAUAAGCAGAACCCGACGGUUUACCAAGGUGCGAGAGACGCAUCAGCGAUUGAGUCUCAUGCUCUUCAGCUGCUGGAAAGUAGCGCUGUUCCGCCAGAAGUUACUGAGCUGACUGGACCGGAAAUCAUGGAAAGUCACUGCUCUUCGGCAGCAAUUUGUUUUGUGACGUUUCUUCCAGAUAUUCUGGACUCAAAGGCUGACGGCCGUAACCAAUACUUGGACAUCCUGAAGAACCUUGCCACGAAGUUUGGGAAAGACCCCUAUGGGUACUUGUGGGCCGAGGCUGGCAAGCAACCAUCCCUCGAAAAAGCUGUUCAAGUUGGUGGAUAUGGCUACCCGGCAUUAGUCGCUCUCAACGUGAAAAAGGCGGUGUUUCUCCCGUUAAGAAGUGCUUUUGAACCAAGCUCCGUGCUGGACUUCGUGAAAGAUGCAGGACAAGGUGGGAAAGGAAACCUUCCGCUUGGCACCGGCUACGAGAUCGUCAAAACCGAUCCUUGGGAUGGUAAAGAUGGGGAAGCUAUUCCAGAAGAGGAAUUCUCUCUCGAGGAACUAAUGGCUGCUGAUGAGAAUGCUGAUGCGCAGAGUGAACUCUAAGAGGCACUGCCAUCGCGUUGUAAAAGUUUUCUCUGAUGGAAUGGGAGGCUUCGGGCCCCCCGAAUCAAACGACAUAUCGUUCGUAGCU